AUGAAUCAUAACGAUAAAGCUGCUCCUGAAUAUUCAAUUAAAGGAGAUGAUCAGGAUAUCCUCCAAGACAGCUCUUUCAACUUCAUGCCAUGGCUUAAUCUUGAUAUUGAUCCUUCAUUCGCGGAUAUCUUGACAUACUCCUCAAAUCACGCCUCUCUGAUUUCCUCGGAACUAUCUUCUCUCGAAAACUCAGAGAGCUCGUCACCUUUUCAACGUGAAAGAGAUUUUUUUGUCCGGCCGCCUCAUGUGCAUCAUACACUACCGAACUUCUCUCUUUCGGCCCAACAUUUGGUUGGCAAAACUCUUCGCAGCCCAAUUCAUUUGUUGAACUCGAAAAUGGAUGCAACACUUAUUGAAGAACAUCUCUCUACAAUUUAUGAAACCAUCGUGACAGGGUCGGCGUCCCGAUUUAUUGACUCAGAACAAAUUUUGAAUAUCAGCGGACCUCGUCAUCGGAUUGAAAGCGCCAGUUCACAGAGGAAGCGGCGAUCAUCUCCUGCUAAACAGCAAUCCAGGGCUUCAAGUACAUUGUUACAAGAAAGUCCCAACACCCCAGGGCUCAGUUUCUCGCCUCCUCGGUCAGAAACCAACGCAAUUCAAGAAACAAGUGUCGCCCAACUGGACGACAGAUCUAAGAUCACUUUACUUGGAUGCAUUCGCUUUUUAGAUCAUUUUGGUGAUCUUUAUGGCAACCGGUUGAAUCAUGAAGCCAAGAAAAAAUCUGAUGCCAUCUUGAAAGCCGUUCUCAGAGUAUUUUCGUUGCAAUGGCUGCCUAUUUCAGAUAACGGCCCUGACUCCUCAAGUCACCUUCAUAGCGACUACAAUGAUAUACCCUCUCCACCAUUACCCUUAUUGGAAUUCUAUACAGAUGCAUGGCACAAGGCCCGAGAACUUAUUAAAAGUGGGCAUUCCGUUCGGUCAUUUCGAGUCGUCUUUGCCACUUUGAUGUUCAGUGGCAUUGCCAUACCGACUUCCGCCUACAAUAUCCCAGACUUGUCGAUCACAAUGCAUGAGUUACUUGAAACGGGGUUACAGAAGCUCUUUGAAUUGAAUGGGCUUGUGAGACAAUACUGUGAUACUUUAGGGCCAUUUUCGCAAUAUGCUACUCUUGCAGAGGCUAGCUUGAAUCUUGUUCGCUGGUGUGGGUAUAUUCGCGACAUAGGGGCGGCUUUGAUGACUGAUUAUCACUGUAAACUACUCGAGACUUUCAUUCAGACUGAUGAAUUUGCAAUUGGGGAGCUUAUUCCACCAGAACUACUCCAUGACCCCGAAGAGCUUGAUAAAGUUGUGCCAAGUAUUUGUCGAAGAGCAGCUGAAGAUGCCUUCUUGAUCUGGAGAAAGAUAGCAAACGUCAAAAGGUCCAUUCCAGAACCAAUUAAUAUUGGAUACCCCUUAUCAUCAAAUCUAGUCGAGACGGUACGUUCUGCAACAAUAGCUGUCGAACAACUGGAUAUAUCACUACGACCCGUCAUAGAUUACUGUAAUGGUUCCUUCAGUGAUCUCUCUAUGCCCUCCAGAAUAUCUUCGGCGUGUCUCGCACUGCCUUGGAACUUUGGAAUACUGGUUCUCGCCGAUAUCUUGAAACCAUUCACCGAACUACUUGAACCACAUUGUAACUCGUCGUUCAUUUCAAGACUUCAUCAUUUCCAGCAUACAGCAGCGCUGUCAAUUUCAAGAACAGUUCAAUGCAUGCUCGCAGUACCUACCGAGGAGACAUUCAACGUACGAAAUGGCCUGAGCGCGGAGGUUCCCAUAAUAGCCUACCACGUCACCCCUGGUAUAAUGGCUGCGAGUUUAGAAAAGGCCAUGGAAACCACAAUUGAGCUAUCACUGAAAACCAAUACUGAUAACAGUGGGCCGAGGUCCCUGUUUAACGAAGACUGGCACAGCCAGAUUGAUUAUCUCAUGAAAGGGCUUCUCUCGCUUGGUGUGACGAUUGGAGGAUCCCAGAUAACCGCAGUCAUCAUUCAGAGAUUGAUGCAGAAGUAUGGGGACGUCAUUGCUGAGUGUUGGUCUAGUGACUUUGAUACCUAA